AUGGCGGCGCCGGUCUCUAUGCUCCUGCUACUGCUUCACCUGGCGCGCGCGGUUGCUGCCGGGACAGACGACGAGGCAGCGGCACUGCUCGCGUUCAAGCUCGCCUCCGUGACUGCCGACCCGGCCGUCAGGCUCGCGAGCUGGGCCGAGCCUGACUCUACCUCUGGCUCCGGCUCGCCGUGCGAGUGGACCGGCGUCUCGUGUGCGGACGGCCGCGUCCGCGCGCUCAACCUCAGUGGCAUGUCCCUCGUCGGCCGCCUCCACCUAGACACGUUGCUGGCUCUCCCCGCGCUCCAGAGCAUCCUCCUCGGCGGCAACGCCUUCCACGGCAACCUCACCCACCGGGCCUUGCCUCGGCGGACAGCGCCGCCGUGCGUGCUCGUGGACGUCGACCUGUCGUUGAAUGCCUUCAACGGAACGCUGCCCCGGGCGUUCUUGGCGUCCUGCAGCAGCCUGCAGCUGCUGAACUUGUCCAGGAACACCCUUACCGGCGGGGGCUUUCCGUUCCCGCCGUCGCUGCGGACGCUUGACAUGUCCAGGAACAAGCUGUCAGAUACGGGCUUGCUGAACUACUCCCUGAAUGCCUGCCAUGGUAUUCAGUACCUCAACCUCUCGGCCAACCAGCUAACCGGACGGCUCCCUGAGUUUCCACAGUGCAGCCAAGUUUCUGUUCUUGAUUUGUCAGGGAACCUCAUGUCCGGCGCCCUCCCUGGCAGGCUUUUGACCUCAGCGCCAGCCAAUUUGACAUACUUGAGCAUUGCUGGGAAUAACAUCUCUGGGGACAUCUCCAGGUAUGAGUUUGGUGGUUGUGCAAACCUUGCUGUGCUCGAUUUUUCAUACAACAGACUGAGUGCCAUGGGGUUGCCACCAAGUCUUGCCAAUUGCCACCACCUGAAGGAACUUGAAAUGUCUGGGAACAAGCUUCUGUCGGGACGACUACCGAAGUUCCUGGGGGGCUUCCAAGCAUUGGGGCGACUUGCACUUGCUGGGAACAACUUCACUGAGGAAAUCCCAGAUAAGCUGAGCCUCUUGUGCGGAACGCUGGUUGAACUAGACCUAUCAAGCAACCAUCUGAUUGGUGGUUUGCCAGCAAGCUUCUCAAGAUGCAGAUUGCUUGAGGUUCUUGAUCUCAGCAGCAAUCAACUGUCUGGUGACUUUGUGGUUACAGUGAUCAGCAAAAUCUCUUCUCUGCGUGUGCUGAGACUGCCAUUCAACAAUAUCACAGGGACAAAUCCUUUGCCAACACUAGCAGCUGACUGCCCGUUGCUUGAAGUUAUUGAUCUUGGGUCUAAUAUGUUGGAAGGAGAGAUCAUGCCUGAAUUGUGUUCAUCUUUGCCAUCACUCAGAAAGCUGCUCCUACCGAACAAUUAUAUCAACGGAACUGUGCCACCAUCACUUGGCAGCUGCAGUAAUCUAGAGUCGAUGGACCUCAGCUUCAACCUUAUGGUUGGUCAGAUUCCGUCUGAAGUAAUGUUGCUUCCUAAGCUUGUUGAUCUGGUCAUGUGGGCAAACAAUCUCUCUGGUGAGAUACCAAACAUGCUAUGCUCCAAUAGCAAAACAUUGGAGACACUGGUCAUAAGUUACAACAACUUCACUGGAGUAAUCCCUCCAUCCAUUACCACAUGUGUGAAUCUCAUAUGGUUGUCACUUGCUGGCAACAAUAUGACUGGGAGUGUCCCCUCCGGCUUUGGAAACCUCCAGAAGCUUGCCAUUCUACAGCUGCACAAAAAUUCACUCUCUGGCCCAGUGCCAGCAGAGUUUGGUCACUGUAGCAACCUCAUCUGGCUUGAUCUCAACAGCAAUAACUUCUCUGGUGCAAUACCACCGCAGUUAGCAGCACAGGCAGGACUUAUAACUGGAGGUAUUGUUUCUGGGAAGCAGUUUGCAUUCCUAAGGAAUGAGGCUGGCAACAUCUGCCCUGGUGCCGGAGUGCUGUUUGAGUUCCUUGACAUUCGUCCAGAGCGGCUGGCCCAGUUCCCGGCUGUGCACUCAUGUGCCUCCACGAGGAUAUACACUGGGAUGACAGUAUACACCUUCAAUGAAAGUGGAAGCAUGAUCUUUCUUGAUCUCUCAUACAACAGCCUUACAGGUACAAUUCCGGCAAGCCUGGGGAACAUGGCAUAUCUUGAUGUCCUUAACUUGGGACAUAAUGACCUUACUGGUGCAAUUCCAGAUGCAUUCACAGGGUUGAAGGCGAUUGGUGUCCUUGACCUCUCACACAAUCACCUCACUGGUGUCAUCCCUGCUGGACUUGGGUGUUUAAAUUUCCUAGCAGACUUCGAUGUCUCUAACAACAACCUGACGGGUGAAAUACCCACGUCAGGGCAGCUCAUUACAUUCCCAGCAUCCCGUUUUGAGAACAACUCUGGCCUCUGUGGCAUCCCCUUGGAUCCUUGCAUGCACAAUGCCAGCACUGGAGGUAUUGCCCAAAAUUCCCGUAACGGGCGGAUGAAAUUUCUCGAAGAAUUCGUGCUCCUUGCAGUGUCGCUCUCAGUGCUCAUGAUGGCCACCUUGGUUGUCACUGUAUACAAGCUCAGGAGGCCCCGUGAAAGUAAAACUGAAGAGAUUCAAACUGGGUAUAGCAACAGCCUUUCAUCAUCCACCAGUAUAAGCUGGAAGCUUUCUGGUUCCCGCGAGCCACUAAGCAUCAAUUUGGCGAUAUUUGAGAAUCCAUUGAGGAAACUAACAUAUGCCCACCUGCAUGAGGCCACCGAUGGCUUCAGUCCGGAAGCUCUUAUUGGCACAGGAGGAUUUGGUGAGGUUUACAAGGCUCAGCUUAAGGAUGGCAGUGUUGUGGCUGUCAAGAAGCUGAUGCAUUUUACAGGCCAGGGCGACCGGGAAUUCACUGCAGAGAUGGAAACCAUUGGCAAGAUCAAACAUCGCAACCUCGUGCCAUUGCUAGGCUACUGCAAAAUUGGUGAUGAGCGUCUCCUUGUGUAUGAGUAUAUGAAAAAUGGAAGCUUGGAUGUCAUGCUCCAUGAAAAGGGCAAAACUGAUGCGAGUCUUGAUUGGGCAACAAGGAAAAAGAUUGCAAUUGGUUCGGCAAGAGGACUAGCCUUCCUCCACCAUAGUUGCAUCCCACACAUCAUACACCGGGACAUGAAGUCAAGCAAUGUGCUUCUUGAUGAUAACCUUGAUGCCUAUGUAUCGGAUUUUGGAAUGGCACGGCUUGUGAAUGCACUUGACUCGCAUCUGACUGUGAGCAAGCUCUUAGGAACACCUGGUUAUGUGGCUCCUGAGUACUUCCAGUCAAUUAUUUGCACAACUAAGGGUGACGUCUACAGCUACGGUGUUGUUCUUUUGGAGCUUCUCUCAGGGAAAAAACCAAUCAAUCCAACUGAAUUUGGUGAUAGUAAUCUCAUUGACUGGGCAAAGCAAAUGGUUAAGGAGGACCGAUGCAACGAGAUAUUUGAUCCUGUAUUGACCGAUACAAAAUCCUGUGAAUCGGAGCUGUACCAGUAUCUGACGAUUGCUUGCCAGUGCUUGGAUGAUCAGCCCAAUCGCAGACCUACAAUGAUCCAGGUCAUGGCAAUGUUCAAAGAGUUUCAGAUUGACUCAGGCAAUUUCUUCUUGGAUAGCAUCUCAAUCGAUUCAGAUAGAGGAAUCAUCUGA